CUGGACUCUUCUUGUCAGGCGAAGACAUUACGUCCAAACGGCUUCUUCAGGUCUUCAUGCUGACGCUAUGAGACUGGUUUUUCCUAACCCGGGACUGGAUCUGAGGAUCCCCAACCACGAGGACCUGGACAGGCUGGAGAAAGAGGAGGCAGGAGACAGACCCAAGUGGGACAACAAAGUUCAGUACAUCCUGACUUGUGUGGGCUUCUGUAUUGGACUGGGGAACGUUUGGAGGUUUCCUUACCUGUGCCAAAGUCAUGGAGGAGGUGCGUUUUUGAUCCCGUACCUGAUCCUGCUGGUGUUAGAAGGACUGCCUCUGCUGUUGCUGGAGUUCGCCCUUGGCCAGCGUCUGCGGAAAGGCAGCGUGGGCGUGUGGCGAGCCAUCAGUCCUUACCUGACUGGUCUCGGCAUAGCCUCCAUGCUGGUGUCCUUUUUUGUGGCCCUGUACUACAACACCUUGAUAGCGUGGAUCCUGUGGUACCUCUUCAACUCCUUCCAAAGCCCCCUGCCGUGGACUCAGUGUCCUCUCGCUGAUAAUGGAACAGGUUACAUAGCCGAGUGUCAACAGAGCUCCCCGGUGGAUUAUUUCUUCUACCGAGUCACCCUGGACAGCUCCACCUCCAUAUCGGACUCUGGUGGUCUCCACUGGCCCAUAGUGGUCUGUCUCCUGGCCGCGUGGACUGUUGUCUGCAUCUGCUGCAUCCGAGGGAUCGGCAGCUCAGGCAAGGUCGUGUACGUCACCGCCAUCCUGCCCUACGUCGUGUUGUUCAUCUUCCUCAUCCGGGGACUCACGCUUAAAGGCGCACUCGUCGGUUUGCAGUACCUCUUUACUCCAAAGUUGGACGAAUUGAUGAAUCCAUCAACCUGGCUGGACGCGGGGGCUCAAGUCUUUUACGCCUUCGGUCUGGCGUGGGGGGGCCUCAUCUCCUUCUCCAGUUACAAUCCUGUGCACAACAACUGUGUGCAGGAUGCUGUCAUCCUGUCUGUGAUCACUGGCCUGACGUCGGUGUAUGCUGCUGCUGUUACCUACUCCAUCAUUGGCUUCAGGGUCACUGAGAAAUAUGACAUGUGUAUUAAUGCAAACAUCCUGUCCCUCAUAAACGGCUUCGAUCUCCCGGAGGACAGCAUCACCCCGAGCAACUACGACUUAGCCUUUCAACAUCUCAACAGCUCAGAUCCGGACUUUGUUCUGGGCUUGAGCAUGAAGACCUGCGACAUACAAAAACUCCUCAGCGAGGGUGUGGAGGGAACUGGUCUGGCCUUUAUUGUGUUCACAGAGGCCAUCACCAAGAUGCCGGCUUCUCCUGUGUGGUCCGUGCUCUUCUUCAUCAUGCUCUUGUGCCUGGGCCUCUCCACCCUCUUUGGCAACAUAGAAGGAGUGGUGGUGCCCUUGAGGGACCUGGGGGUCUUUCCUAAAACGUGGCCUCACGAAGCUCUGACCGGACUGACUUGUCUCGGGGCCUUCCUCAUCUCCCUCCUCUUCGCACUGAAUUCUGGGAAUUAUUGGGUGGCACUUUUCGACCAUUUUGCGGGAUCAGUUCCUCUCUUGACAAUCGGGUUCUUCGAAAUGAUCGCUGUGGUUUACGUCUACGGCAUAGACAGGUUCAACGAGGAUGUGAGAUUCAUGACAGGACAUAAACCCGGCAUCUUCUGGCAGGUUAUGUGGAGGUUUAUCAGUCCUCUCAUCGUCCUCCUCAUUUUAGUCUUCUACCUGGUGACUCAAUUUCAAGAAAAGCUCACCUACUUAAUUUGGGAUCCCCAAUCGAAAGGAUUCCCGUCACUGUCGGUUGAAGAAUAUCCGUCAUGGAUCAACGUAGUGAUUUUUAUUUUAGCAGGUGUUCCCAGUUUGGUUGUACUAGUGUAUGCUUUUUGUCGCUUUAUCUUUGUUUGCUGCAAGAGCAGAAUAGCCACAUGUGAUAUAAUGUAAUUUAUAUUGCAUUGUAUUGUUAUUUGCUUACUCGGCUGGUAUUAUAUGAGGUUUGUGGUCUUAGGGAUAAUGGCUGUCACAUUAGUGGCAACCUCACUACACGCACACACACACACACACACACACACACACACAGGUCAAUUAAGAAACCAAUCACUGACACAUUUGUGCAAAAUUCAACAUUGAUUACAUUUGUUGAAUACUUAAAGUCAAUAUUUAUAAGAAAUAUACACUAUAUUGCCAAAAGAAUUUGGCCACCUGCCUUGACUCGAACUUGAAGUGCCAUCCCAUUCCUAACCCAUAGGGUUCAAUAUGACACCUUUUGCAGCUAUUACAGCUUCAACUCUUCUGGGAAGGCUGUCCACAAGGUUGCAGAGUGUGUUUAUAGGAAUUUCCCACCAUUCUUCCAAAAGCACAUUGUAUGUUCGGUAGUAGGACGUUCUAAUUGUUUCUAACAAUUUGUUAGAAAUUGUCAAAAUACACACUUAUGUUGGCUCUCAGUCUCCGUUCUAAUUCAUCCAAAAGGUGUUCUAUUGGGUUCAGGUCAGGACUCUGUGCAGGCCAGUCAAGUUAAUCCACACCAGACUCUGUCAUCCAUGUCUUUAUGGACCUUGCUUUGUGCACUGGUGCACAGUCAUGUUGGAAGAGGAAGGGGCCCCGCUCCAAACUGUUCCCACAAGGUUGGGAGCAUGGAAUUGUCCAAAAUGUUUUGAUAUCCUGGGGCAUUUAAAGUUCCUUUCACUGGAACUAAGAGGCCGAGCACAACUCCUGAAAAAGAACCCCACACCAUAAUUCCUCCUCCACCAAAUUUCACACUCGGCACAAUGCAGUCCGAAAUGUAGCGUUCUCCUGGCAACCUCCAAAGCCAGACUGGUCAAUCAGAUUGCCAGAUGGAAAAGUGUGAUUCAUCAGUCCAAAGAAGGCGUCUCCACUGCUCUAGAGUCCAGUGGCGACGUGCUUUACACCACAUAUGGUUAUGUAUGGCUUAGAUGCAGCUGCUCGGCCAUGUAAACCCAUUCCAUGA